AUGAGUGGAUUGGUAGACAUGAAUCGGGAUUUUAAAGACAUAGAAAUGUUGGAUAUCCCAGUAGAGGAUGACGACGAUGUGGACACCACAAUUUCCUCUUCAGAGACUGAGGGAAUUGUCUCAGACUCGCCAACAUCGAACGAACAAGUUGACAAGACUUCAAAUUACAAAGAACCACUCUCAGAUGCAUCCACAAGUUCCUCGCUUUCGAACUACUUCUCCAGUAAUACGGAAUACGUGCCUUUAUCCCAGUAUUUAGACACAGAUGAUGUUCUUCUGUUCCAUUUUGAUCAAGACAGAUAUCGUGCCAGUUUGGAGAAACAAACACCUUUGGACCAAAAGUACAUUACAUAUGUUGAAUCGGACUUCAGGACAGUGCAAAAAUUGGCGGUAAACUUGAAACUGGCAGAAGACGAGAGUUUGUUUCAACCUAUCGGUGUGAUUACUAGUCAGAAUGAGAUGCCGCAAUAUUCAAAAUCACAGAUAAUCGACGAUGCGUAUGAUUCAAUUGUGGACCAUUUGAAAUCCGCCUUUGCCGAUAAAACAGAAAUUUCCAAUGGUGAUGAGUUGGGUGGCAAGUUCAACUACUUGUUGAUUACAUUAGAAUGUUUGAGAGCCGCUUGUUUUAACAGUGAUGUUAGAAGAGUCCCAGAACUUAUUGUGAAGUGGGUAAACAAGUUCGAUCCUCAGCCAUCACCGGAAUUGAUUGAUGAGGUAAUGACUACCACUCCUCAACCCUAUGCCCACCCAUUGUUUUGGAAUACGUUAGUUUCAAAGACCGUUUGUAGAGGCUUGUUUGAUCAACUGUACAACAUUCUCGAGCACUCCCAGUAUAAAGAUCUCGAAGGAAGUGAGGAUGAUUUAUUCCUAGCUAUAUCAAAUUUGAAAACUUUACUUUCAAGCUAUACACCCAUGGCACUAAAGGGUCAGUUUCCCCAAUGGAAAUUAUCAGCCUGUCAAUUCCGAGACGAUUUAGCUUUGAUUAAUAUCUCAACUACCGAUGAUUCAGCAAGAAACUUUUAUCAAAUAAUGCAAAGUCAAAUAUACGAUAUUGCAUGUAUAUUGACCGGGUUUUCACGAACUAUAGCUGACUAUUGUGAAAAUUGGUAUGAAUUAUAUUUGGCUUAUUCGUUAUACCAAAUCCGUGACGAUGAGAGCGUGUAUUCGGAAUAUUUCCAACAAGCUUUGAAAGAGCAACCGCCUGUAUUCAGUUCAGACCAAAACGAGUGUUCAGAUUAUGACCGGUUGACAGAGUCUUGUCUUUUGAAAAUAUUGGAAGGACGACUUUUGAAAGCUCUUGAAAGUAUUUUCAAUUUAGACCCAGCUACUGCGGCAUAUGUUUCUUUGCUUUUGGAAUACAAAGGGUAUUUGGAUCUGUAUUAUUCAAAUGAUAUCCACAGAGGCAAUAACUUGAGGGACUUGUUCAAUAAAAAGAAAAUUUCGGAGUACUUCUUGUUACACCAUGCUUACAAUUGCUUGAAUAUUCACCCUCUUGUACCGGUUGGUAUUGGUCUUCUAUCUGACAAGCGGCUCAAUCCGUCAUCAAAGGCCAGGGAGAGAAAUAAGCGAAUAAUUGCUCAUUUUCUCCCUAAAUAUGAAAUCGUUUUUGAUGGUGAUCAGGAGUGGGCUUUGACUGUAUGUGCCGAUUUACACUUGGUUUCAACUGCAAAAGACAUCUACUAUCAGGCUGGUCUUCGUGCCUUUAAUCGGGGCUUUUUGUACGAGGCAUUAGCAAAUUUUGUGGACUGUUAUGAUCCCGAUAAAACAUCAGGGGCAUACCACAAAGAAGGAUUACAACAAAUUCAGUACAUAGUGUGGGAUGUGAUAUUUACGGACUGCAUUAUAUGCAACAAACCGAUCCAAGACGAACUAAUCAACAAUAUUGUCGACCAAAAAGUUGACUUAGUUAUUCAUCCAAUGAUACAGCAAUGUAUUUCACCUUAUGCAGUAUUGAAGGAGUUUUACGAUUCGUUGAAAGCUGGAAGGUCAGAUUCAUCGUUGUUGAUUUCGAAGAUUGUUCAUCUUUUGAAUUUCAAUUUUUUGCCAGAGAAAUUUAAGCCUUUAUUAUUGUGCCAAUUUCUUCCUUUUUUAGAGGGUAAAUCAAAGCUACGUCAACCUGACUUAUUCACAAUCAUUGAAUUGAUUGAAGACUACGAGAAUGACACCAACGAACAGAAUAAAAAGGAUGGGGAAAAACUAUACGCCGCUUCGGUAAGCCACAAGGAGGAAGAACAAUUGGAACUGUAUGACUGGAGGAGGUCUUCGAGAAUUCCUAACAAAUUCAGUGAAAUGAUCAAGCUAUUAAGACACCAGUUGACAAUUCAAAUUGGGCAAAAUUUUAUAGAGUAG